GGGGCUUUGAGGACGUGGCUGGAGCAACGCGUGGAGGAAGUCCCAGUGGGUCCUGAGCUGCUUAGGAAGAAGGGAGGCACCAUGGCUUUCCCUCCUGGCUAUGGGCCGCCAGGUUCCAAACACAGGGCAAGGAUCCCUCCCAUGCCGCAAAACGCAAAUGCACCGCAGCUGUUCGAUGACACCAGUUCGGCGUAUGGUCUGCAGAAGCCAGGUUACCCAGCCCCAGGGAUUGACAUGGGCUUCAACCAGAUAUUUGCUGACCCAGUGGCCAACGUUGCCAUGGCCUAUGGCACCACAAUUGCGUCUCAGGGGAAAGACAUAGUGCACAAGGAGAUCCACCGGUUCAUGUCCAUUAACAACCUGAAGUACUUCUUUGCAGUGGACACGACUUACGUGAUGAAGAAGCUGGUUCUGUUGGUUUUCCCCUACAUGCAUCAGAACUGGGAGGUUCGCUACCAUCGAGACGUGCCUCUUACUCCCAGACAGGAUGUCAAUGCACCUGACCUCUAUAUUCCCAGUAUGGCCUUUAUUACCUAUAUCCUGCUUGCCGGGAUGGCUCUUGGCCUACAGAAAAGGUUCUCUCCGGAGGUCCUUGGAAUGUGUGCAAGCACAGCCUUUGUGUGGGUGGUCAUUGAGGUUCUUGCGCUCUUGCUGGGUUUGUAUUUGGCAACAGUUCAGAGUGAUCUGGGCACUUUUGAUUUGCUUGCUUACUGUGGCUACAAAUAUGUUGGGAUGAUCCUUGCUGUGGUGGGUGGUCUGAUCUUUGGCAGCAAUGGCUAUUAUAUUGCCUUGGCCUGGGCCUCUUGUGCACUUAUGUAUUUCAUGGUACGUUCCUUACGGAUGAAGAUCCUCCCUUCCAUGGUGCAAGAGGGCUUGAGUCGGCCGAGCGGGCGGGCGCAGAUGUACAUCAUGCUGGCGGCUGCGGCUUUCCAGCCCCUGAUUCUCUAUUGGCUGACAGUGCAGCUGGUGCACUGAAAGUACGCUGAGGACUGCGCCACGGCCAUUGGGAUGCUUUGCUGGAACUCCUCUUCCUGCCUUUUUUUGCCCACUUCUUCAGAUUUGACAAAGUGUAGGCUCAACUCUCCACUCCCAUCCCCAAUAUAGUCCUGGCUUUGGAGGAGGAGGACAAAUGGAUGGAUCUAGUACUCUCCCCAGGAGGAGAGGUGUAGAGUAAGGGAGAAACGUCAUCAGAGGGGAAGCAAAGACUGCUAAAAUAUCCAGACUCAGUACUGGCCCAAAGGUGAGGUCCUAGGGCUGUGUGCUUCAUUUCUAGUAGUGGUCAUUACCCCCCCCCCCCCCCCCCCCCGUCCUUGCUUGGAUGGGAACACAGAGAACUGGGCAGGACAGAGCUGAUCGGGAGUCUUUCUAGUCUGUAGGAACAAUUUUACCAUAUAAGUCAUUAAGAGCAGAAUUGCCCCUUUGCCCCUUCUUCUUUUGCCUUCUGGAACAGUGUCCUCUCUCCAUCUCUCUUCAGCUCACAGCUGCCUCCCUUAUGCAAGGGCUCAUGCUUGACCUCCCAGAGCAUCAGCAGCUCACCUUUGUAGAACAGAGCAGCAAAGCCUUUUUUUCCCAAGGAGCAUUCUCUUGUUAGUCACUCCUUCUCAAUUGCUGAGGCAUUGUCAGAUAUGUCACUUUGUUUUCAUUCAGUAUAUAUUUCAUUCAAUAUAUAUUCACAUGUAUAUUGAGCAUUGUCAGUUUGUGUUUUUAAAAGGCUCUAUUCCUAAAUCCAGACCGACAGUCGGAUGGGUGGACAGAUUUAAAAAAAAUAAAGAUCCACAAAGGCAAGACAAGUUUUAGAUGUUCACCCCAUCUCUUUCUAAGAGGGUUAGUUGUCGGAAACGACAAUGAGAACUGUACAAAAACUGUGCAACCUCCAGGAGAUGUGCUCAGCAGCUCAUGUCUGUGCAUUUGUGUCUCUUUAUGAUUUCUCCUUCUGUGCAAUUGCCAGUUUCAAUGUCUUUUUUUCCCUUCCCCUCUGGCAAAGUUUUGUGCUUUUUAAGAACCACACUAGGGUAUACAUCUGGCAUUUUGUUGUGCAUAUGCCAAGUGUGACCAUACUGGCUUGGAGAUUUGGGGAGCUGGUGUCCAAAGAAAGUAACUUCCUCUGAUGUGGCUUAUUUUUGGCUAGUUUCUUUGCAGCAUCAAUUCUUUCACACAGUCUUUCCUACUCAGUAAUCCUUCUAAUUUAUCUUAAGACUAUACUCAUAGUGGCCAGUAAGUGGCAGUAGCCACCUCAAAGACCUGCUGAAAAGAGGACUUACUUGUCCUUAGCAGUACAGUCAGCCCCUGCAUUUGCGAGCUUAAUUUUGGAGGGUUUGAUUAUUUACAGAUUAUUUGUUGUUGCCUCUGCUGUUGCCCUAUGCCGUUUUAAAUAGGGGUUGCAAGUCUUGCAAAACUGAAAACAUGCAACAAGGCUUGUAAGUGCCUAUUAAAAAUGGUGUUGGGCAGCAGCAGCAAGCCCUGCUAGUCACCAGCUUCUGCCUUGCAAAGGAACCCCACUGCCUCAAAGGCAUCCAUGGUGGGUUAAAUCGUGAUUUUUUGUGCGCUUAAUAUGGUUUGGGGUGCCUAGAGUUAUUCUCAAUUUCCCCACUUUCGUAUGGCUCCUGUGCCCCCCUAACUCCAGUGAAUGUGGAGGGCUGACUGCACUUAGCUGUGCUAAAAUAAACACCCCAGCUUUUACCUUUUUAAAAAAUACCUUGUCCAUUGAAAUGGAAAACCAUUUUGCUUGCUGUUUUUAAUUACAUGCAAACUUCACACAGGAGUAGAAUCUGUUCUUGGGGGAGUUGAAAGUUUAAGUACUCUUGCACUUGCUGGCCAUCUUCCCAGCUUUGUAAACUUAGGGCCAGGGCAAUGCAGCUUUUAAACACACUGGAGACCUUGUCUCUCCUUUUUUGCUGUUUUGCAACAUCAGCCAAUCUCUCAGCAAGUGCCUGAAAAAGAGAGAACCAAGCUAGAGCCGGUACAACAAGACACCCUCGCAACAUCUUCACUGGUUGUGAUAAAUGUGGUCAGAGCACUCUUAGUGAGGAGCCUUCUCCCUACAGAGGUUGUUAGACUUAAAGUCCAGCUUACACAGCUGUUGCCCAGGAAGGAUGGGAAGUGCACUCCAACAUCUAGAGAGCCACAGGUUUCCCAUCUUCAGUGGCUUCUCUACUAGCCUUCCCCCUUGGAGUAUUGCUUUUUAUUCUUGAUAAUGUAGCUCAGCAAUUUGCAAACUCUGGUUUUCCAGGUAUUUUGGACUUCAGCUCCCAGAAGCCUCAGCUAUCUUGGCCAAUAGUCAGCGAUUCUGGGAGCUAAAGUCGGAAACACCUGGGAGACUAGAGUUUGGGAAUCACUGAGUAGAUCAAGGAUGAAGGAAGUGUCCUGCAGCCCUUAUCAGAGUUAAAUUCAGACAACUCUGAGAAGACUACAGAUUGUCCACCCUGAUCUUCUCCCAUCUCCAAAUAUACUAUCUUCCUGUGUCAUUCCUGAUUCUUAAGUUUUUCAGAGUGCCAGUUUGUCAUUGCCUUUGGGGGGGGGGAAUUAUCUUAAAUACAGCAACAUCCAUUUCAGGCGUGACUCUCAUAGCACUGUCACCUGGAUUGGAAAUCUUGCUUGCCAUGAUGCGAUGCAGAUUUGCCUCUCUCAAAAGGUUUCCCCUUUCCUAUGGCCCUACAAAGUUUUCAGACAGAUUUUUGGUAGAAACACACGAUGCUAGGUAACCCUUGUCACAACCCAGGGGUCUCUCCAAUGAGUUGGGCAACAACCUGCAUCAUCCCUGAGGUCAUGCUGGCUGGGGAUGUUAGGAGAAGCCCAACUCAACUUAGAGGGCACUGAUCAUGGAUGGUCAAGUCUGUCAGUUUCAUUUGAACUUUAUACAUUUUGGCAAAUACUGUACUGAUUUUGAAAACCCAGGUGACAUUAAAUUUUCAUGUAUCAGGUUGGAUAAAGUUGGGCUAGAGUCAGGGUUCACCCCCCAUCUCCCCCGUAAUGCAGAGGAACGGGGAAAACAGUUGAUAACAAAUUCCCUGUUGUAACUGCUUCUUGUUAAUGUAUGUAGCUAUUUGGUGGCCAUGUACACUACACUUGACAGGAGAAGGAGAAAUAAGACAAAUAAAAUCUUCCUUUCACCUC